AUGUUUAGAAUGUUCGCUCUUAUAUGGCUAUACCUCUUGAGAGCAUGCCUCGCCCAAAAUCCCUCAUCAACCGAAGACUGCAGCCCUAGUGAAUUUACAGAUGCUGUCGACAGGCGCGCCAUCGUCUUUAACGCAUCGGGUACCCUGCCCCUGAAGCUCAAGGCACAGAAAAGUCUAAAUAUAUGGUACAUCAGCACUGCUGUGACCGACGAACGCGACCCGAAACGCACGUUCGAUGGCGGUCACUCCAGGCAAUGGAUCAAGAGUUUUAUAAGUGUUUUCCGACCCCUUGUAGGAUCAGUCGAGAAUGAUACCAUCGGGAUCUGCUCAUACAUGUUCCAAGGACUCAACAGCAGCUCUGAGAAUCCAGACGAUGUGGAUGGAUCCUGCAAGGGCGUCAUAAGCGACGUGUGUAUCAAGGAAUUUGAGAUUUCGACUCUCCCGAUACGCGCUGGGAGGAAUUGUCCGGUUUCCGAGGCUUUUAAGCUUAGCGAAGAAUGCAAAAAGCAUCUUACUUUAAAACAGACAGUCCUGACGCGGAAUCUUUCCACGGAGAACUGCACAAUCGGCAAGAUACCAUAUCUCGAUGUUCCUGAUGGCUAUUGGACGUAUGGCGGUUCUAUAUCGUCAUGGGAAGGAAGUGGUGUCGAGUAUGAUGAUUAUGACUCCUAUGAUGUACUGGUUCAGCAGACCGUUCCAAUAUUCACGGUGGUAUCGGGCGGUGGUAUCAGUGACAGGAAGUUGGUGUGUGUUACUCCCAAUAAAGUUGUCCCAGGCAGUCGAAAGCCCGAACUGAAGCUAGAAGAAACCGAGGAUGAGGAUGAGGAUGAGGAAGAGAACACUGCAUCACGUGUUGGAGGUUUGGGGGCUGUUUUCCUUGGUUUUGGCGUUAUGAUCUUCAAUCUUCUGUAG